CACUUACUCUAGUCAUAUAAGACUGCAUUUUCUCCCUCUUCUCUCAUCUCUCUCAUCUCUCUCAUUGCUUGUUAGUAGUACUUGCCAUGGACAGUAUACAACAUCUCGCCAACGACAGCUUCUCUUACAGAUGGUUCCUAAAUUUCAAGCCAGCUUUUGACGCUCUAGAUGAUGCCUGCAGAACCUCUUUUGAUGCUUUUGACGAGGCUUGCUAUAUAGAUAUGGAUCCUAAAAUGAUACAUCUAAAACGAGCCAGCAACGCUCAAGAUUCCAACUUCAAUUUUCCUCCAGCUCAGCCUCUUGAUUUAAUUCAUGCUGAUGAGCUUUUCUCCAAUGGUCAACUAAUGCCUCUCCACCUACUCUCUCCACCCAAACUGCAAUCUACUCCUUCAAAUGACCUCUCUGCUCAUGUCUCAAGUCGACCCACUUUACUGCCAUCUGAGUCUUCCACGAUUGUGCUCUCGACCCCGAAUCUCCAAUCCGCAUUUCUUCAAAGAUGCCGGCGAUCGUCAAAGAGGAUCUUGAGCAAGUAUCUCGGCUUUCUUAGGCCCUUGUAUCGGAGAGUCCGGGGAAAGAGGUCUCCUCCUCCUCGAAUGGUGAAUUGCGUGGAAUCAUUACAGGUGACUCCAAGGACAAGCACAACCUUUUCCACAAGUGAUUGGUGUCAUAACAACAUGUUGUUCGAUUCCGAUAUCGAUAACUUGAUUUAUGAUGCGGUUCUCCACUGCAAGAAAUCGACUGAGAAGCAAGGAGUGGAUUCAUAAUAGAAGAAGGCAGCUAUGAAGGGGGAGAGAGAAGGAGAAGAAAGAGAAGAAAAAAGACCUCAUGAAUAUUAUUCAAGUGAGACGUGGCUUUUAUUCCUAUUUUUCCUUUUCUUUCUCUUUGGAGAUAAUGUAGAGAGCUCUAUUUUCAAGCUGUGAAGAAGAUUUGUAGAUGAUGCUUCAUGGAAAUUGUGACGU